CAUUUUAUAACGUAUUUUUCUGACGGACAAUACUCAACACUCAAUUAGUGUAGUCGGUAGUGUAAAGUGUAUACUUCUAUAUGGAACUGUGUAGUGAUUAACUUGUUAAGUUAUAAUAUGCCAGUGAGCAGUGAUCCAAAUUAUUAGACUUGCAAGUUCCUUCGGUAAUUCAUUAUUGAUACUGAUAUAAUACCUAUACCAUCAACCGUGUAUUUUGUUUUAAGAAGUGUAAUACAACCAUGAUUUUCUUAAUAACAAACAAGUAAACUAUAGUUCGACAAAAAUAAAGUAGUUGAUUUUGUUAUCUACAGUUUAAUGGUUACAAAUAUGGUGAUACUAUAGAUGUAAUAAAAAUACCGUUUAUUAUUGGAUAUACGGCUGUUAUUUUAAUAAUAACAAAAUACUCGAACACUCAAUUAUAACACGAUGGUGCUCAACAGAAGGAGUUUGGAAAAUUUGAAAAAAAUCGCGCCUUCUAGCCGCGGUCGAGUAGUUGUUCAAGAAGAACAAAUGAGGGUGUUUGUCCGUAUUAAACCAUUACACGAAGAGGACGGUACACCUAAACCAAAAACGAUUAAAGUUCGAAAUGAAACUACUUUGAUAUUUGAUCCCAAACAAGAUGAAACACCUUUUUUUUUCCACGGUGUCAAACAAAACCCAAGAGAUAUUUCCAAAAAACAACACAAAUCGAUUAAAUAUGAUUUUCAUCGAGUGUUUGGACCAGAAAGCACUAAUGAAGACAUAUACAAUGAAAGCACUAAAGAUCUUCUUGACAAACUUUUAUGUGGAUACAAUUGUUCAGUUUUUGUUUAUGGAGCGACUGGUGCCGGAAAAACAUUUACAAUGUUGGGCAAUGAAGAUAAUUAUGGCAUAACGUAUUUGACAAUGAAAGAUUUGUAUGAAAAAGUCAACGAACAACAAGAAUCAAAAAAGUUUGAAAUUUACGUUUCUUAUCUCGAAGUGUACAAUGAAAUGGUUUAUGAUUUAUUGGUAGACGAAAAGAAACCAUUGUUUUUACGCGAGUGUGGCAAUACGACCUCUGUGGCUGGAAUUUCAAUAAAAAUGGUAAACAAUGUCGAUGAGCUAAUUGAAAUGCUACGAAGAGGCAACGACAACCGUACUCAACAUCCAACUGAUGCUAAUGCUGAAUCGUCGAGAUCGCACGCAUUGUUUCAAGUGUAUAUACAAAUGACAUUUAAACAUACGGAUCAAGUAAAAAUGGCUAAAUUAUCUAUGGUCGAUCUUGCGGGAUCUGAAAGAGCAUCAUCUAAUAAGGGAAUGCGUUUUAAAGAAGGUUCUAACAUUAAUAAGUCACUGUUGGCCUUGGGAAACUGCAUAAACAAUUUAUCUGAUGGCUUGCGGCACAUACCUUAUCGUGAUUCAAAAUUAACAAGGCUUUUGAAAGAUUCUCUCGGUGGAAAUUGUAAAACAUUAAUGAUAUCGUGUGUGUCUCCUGCUUUGUCGUCUUACGAAGAUACUCAUAACACUUUGAAAUACGCUUCCCGUGCUAUGAAAAUCAAGUCUAACCUGAAAGAGAAUGUUAUGGCAAUCAAUCAUCCUCCUUCACAUUACCUGAAAAUCAUUACUGAACUGGAAAACGAAAUUCAAAACUGCAAACGUAAAUACGAAGAAACUAUGAAAUCCAAGACACCCGUAGCUCCAGAUAAUUUAGAAGAUUUAAGAAACACCUUAGAAACACUUUUUACUGCAAAAUUGAAAAAGCAUAUUGAAAUUCUUCGUUUAGAGUCCACGCAGAAGAAAACAGAAUUCAGAAUUUAUUUAAAGAAAAAUUUACUUGAUCGUUUUUCAUUAUUUAAAAUCUAUAACACAGAAGAAAAUAUGGCUAGUGAGUUAAAUCGUGUUAAUAUGGCUAUCCAACAGUUUGAAGGCCGUAUGGCCAGUAUAAAUGCGCAAUUGAAUAUCUUAUGGGAUGAAGCAUUGGCUACUGAUAAUGAAUUAAAGUUAUUUAUUAAUAAACUACAAGAAGAUAAUGUUAAACAAUUUUUGGAUGUUGAUAUAAUCCGCUUUGAUUCAAUGAUUAAAAAUGAAGAGAGUAACGUUCUUCUUGAACAUCGAAAUGAAAUCGGCAUGAUAUUGGAUAGUAAAUAUCAUAUUAGUCAAAAUCUGAACACUAUGUUUGCCGAAAAAACAAAUGAGUAUUAUACGUUAUUGGAAGCUCAUAAUAAAGCCACUGAAGAAAUGAAGAAAAGUCAUGCGAAUAUUACAAAAUCAUUUUUGGGUGGUUUGAAAGCAGUUAGCUGGGACUUCUCUCCAGGAAACCAAUGUAAAAUCAAUAGAGAUACCUAUUUCAGUUUGAACGAACUUAGCAUUGACAAUUUAAGGAACUGUACGAAACCAGAGAGUUCGUUGAGACCUACAAAAAUAUUAAAGCUGGACACUUCUAGCCCAGUGCAAACGAUUGAAGACAAGUUACAACAUAUUACAUUGCAACCUGAAACAAACAAUAAAAUGGAUACGUCUCCUGAGAUUAGUCCUAAUGAAACAGUUGUAAUAUCGAGUCAGGCAGAAAGUCUGAAUAACACAUUUGUAUUGAAACAAAUUCAAGAUUCAGCGCAAACAACAAAAUGCCAGGCUACGACUACGCCGCACCGUAAUAAACCACCUAUUGAUACUCGUUGUUUAACAAAAUCAAUCACUAAGCCAGUUAUACAAAGAAAAAGAGUGGUUUUCAAUAAUCAUAAAUCAGGACUCGCUAACAGGAAAGUUAACCAAGAAAAUAUGCCACUAAUUAUGGCCGCCACCAAAACUCUAGCAGACCCUUCCCUCGCCAAAGCUGUUACUAAAACCAGAACAAUUAACACAAAUGUACUAACUGCUAAAUCAGUAAACACGAGGAUAACUUCAAAAGACACAGAUAAGACAAUUAUUCUUAAAAAUCAAAAACCUACAUUAAACAUGAGGCAACGAAAUUGGCUAUAAUAAGUAUUAACACUUAAAUUGUGUAAUUAACACAUGGACAACAUUAUCCUAUUAUCAGAUUUAAUAUUAGACAUAAGUGCUUUAACAUUGCUUUUAUUAAUUGAACAUGUCAAAAUAUCUUACCUAUAAUUUUUAUCUUAAUUUUUUAAUUGAAUGUUUUAUUUAUUUUUUUUUAAUGUUUUUUUGUUUAUUGGAAGACAUGAUUAUAUAAUAUUAAUAAAUAAAUCCAUAAAAAUGCUGAAAGCAUUAUUUUAGUAAUUUAUAAGUUGUAAAUACCUGUGUUGAUAUUAUUAUACUAUACUUUUUGUACUUAAAAUAUACUAUUAAACUAGUUAUUAAUA